UAACUUGACAUAUAAAUAACGGCAUGUCUGUUGCUCAGUUCAGAGAGAGUGCAAGGCACAUUACAGGAAACUGUGGAAUCACUUCAGUGUCAGAAGAUGUUGAGGAUCUGGCUGUUGGUGUUUGUGUGGGGGUUUGCAUCAUGUUCCAUUACCUGUCCUGAUGGCAGUAUCUGUUCUGAUUUUGACACCUGCUGUAGGACUAAGGAUGGAUAUAGCUGCUGCUUAUAUCCUAAUGCUGUGUGCUGCUCUGAUCAGGCUCACUGCUGCCCUUCAGGGUUUCACUGCAACCUGGUCACAAUGUCCUGUGAGAAGAAAAAUCAGCCAUGGAUGAACAUUCCCAUGGUGAAGAAAAAAGCUGCAAAAGAACCAGGCAAUCUUGAGACACCUAUGACAGCUCUAUCAGAGGCCAGUGGUGGUGCCCACAAGGUUGGAGUCAUUCGAUGUGAUUCCAGGUUUUACUGCCCACAAGGGAAGUCUUGCUGCAAGGGACCCAAAGGCCAGUGGACCUGCUGUCCUUACCCACUGGGCCAGUGUUGUGCUGAUGGUCGGCACUGCUGUAUGUAUGGAUAUAAGUGUGACCCCUCCUCCCUGUCAUGCACCAAAUAGUACUCUCGGGUCCCCUCAGGAACACAGGAGCUUGCCACAGCAGACUGAGGACAUGUUAAAGUGCGCUGUGACAGCUUUUUUUUUCAUCAUUUUGGUACACAUUGUAAGUAAAUUCUACCAAUGCUUUAUAGAUAAAGUAUCAGAAACUGUCCAGAUUUAGGAUUUCUCUCAAUAGACAAUUAAAUGGAUCAAUAAUCUACUCUUCUUAAUCUUAUUCAUUUGCUAUUCCUGUUUGGAUGAACAGUACUGUAUAGUUGGUUUUCAUAAAUAAGGAACAUCAACAUUCAUUUUCAUUAAUAAUUUUUUUAACUACCUUUGCAACAUUUUCUCCUACAACAUUCAAAUUAUUUAUUUCCAGCAUCUUCAUUGUUAGAUUAAAUACAGUAAUGCAUUGCAAAGCAGUAUGGUGAGUGUGCUGAAUUUGGGUUUGGAAACAGUCAACAAAUUAUGAACGUAUGCCUUCUGUAAUUUGAUUUGAUUUGAUUUAUUUAUUCUUUCAAGCAUGUAAAGACAGU